UUAACCUGGAUUGUAUUUAACAAAUUAUAAUCAAUAUUAAUUCAAAAUUGUCAGUAAAUUGCCAUAGUAAAUCAUCUAAAAUGCAUUAAAUAUUGUAAUUUUCAGCAGUGAUAACUUUUCUAAGCUUUAAUAUCGUACGGUAUGUAUCGAGAGUGAGCGCGGCGAUGCUGCCGCUCCGUCUGCGGCGCGUGACCGGCCACGAGGGUCGCGCUAACGACAUCCUCUUCAUUCCAGCCAUGAGACCGCCGCUGGAACCGCAAACGCUUGUGUUCUUUGGAGGAGAUGUGCAGGAUUACCCAGAAGUGAUGCAAGCGCAUCGCGACAACAGAAACUACUUAAAAUGGAACCUGGAAAAUACAGCGCGUCUACUUGCUAACAACUAUCCCACCAAACACAUAUUGGUUGUGAGACCAGCCAGGAUAGAGUACAAGAGUUUUAGUUGCUAUGACAACUUCGUGCCCAGCAACAAUGCGGGAGUCCCCGACCACACGCCGACACAUAACGCUCUGCACCAUUUGGAGAGAUUACUCCAAGGUGUAACAGGCAGGUUAAAAUCUUUUCCGACACCGGAACUAUUAGAAGCGGUGACAUCAGUGGUAAUCCCCGAAGAAAUUGAUAUUGAGGAGCUGCAUAGAGUGCGGCGAGCACCGCGCGGGCCCGCAGCGAGCGAAGACUCCGAUAGAGAUCCGCUGUGGUGGCGGGAGAAGUUGGCCCUGGAUGAAAGUAGUCUCACACUGGUUGGGUUCAGCAAGGGUUGUGUCGUGCUCAACCAAAUCAUCUAUGAGUUUCAUUACACUAAGACCUUGACACCGGGCGAUGCGCAUAUGAUGAGGUUCAUGGGUCGCGUGGAGAGCAUGUGUUGGCUGGACGGCGGACACGCGGGCGGGAAGAACACCUGGAUCACGUCGCGCAGUCUGCUCGAGACGCUCACCAGGCUCAAUGUGAACGUGUUCAUUCACGUGAGCCCGUACCAGGUGCAAGACGAGAGCCGGCCCUGGAUUGGGCGUGAAGAGAAAACUUUCACCACUCUGUUGAAGAAAUUGGGUGCUAAGGUCAGCAGGUAUCUACACGAGCAACCGGGCAUGCCUCACUCACUACACAUGCACUUUGAAGUGCUCGCCAACUUCAAGAACGUUCAGGAUACCUCCCCGAUCAACCUGCCCGACACGUCAGAUGAAGAACCUUAAGUAACUUUGGCUAUUAAAUAUUUUAAUCCAGGGAACAGUGGGUAUAGUGGAAAUAAUAAUAGGUAAUAAGUGCAACCAAUAUAAUGGUGCUUGGUAUUUUAUUAAAAUGGUUUGUCGUACGUAAAAUUUUAACUAAAGAAAAGUCAAACGUUAUACUUUUUCAAAUUGAGAA